CGCUGAGGGAGGCGGAAGGGCCGCGCCGCCAUGUUCCCGCCCCGGAAGGCGGGCGGCGGGCUCGGGGGCCGCCAUGGUGCUGCUGAGCGCGCCGCGCUGGCUCCGCAGCCGCCUCACCGACCGCUUCUGGAGGGUGCAGGAGGUGCUCAAGUAUGCGCGGCAUUUUCGUGGCAGGAAGAACCGCUGCUAUAGCCUGGCUAUACGAAGCGUUCGGAGAGCUUUUGUGAAGUCUACAAAGGCCAGAAGAGAGAAGAAGAGAUUUCUAAGAGCGCUCUGGAUCACUAGGAUUGAAGCAGCUUCUCUUGAACAUGGUUUGAAAUACCCAUCUUUCAUAAGCAAUUUACUUAAGUCCCAGGUGGAGCUGAAUAGGAAAAUGAUUGCUGAUUUGGCUAUUUAUGAGCCGAAGACGUUCAAGUCGCUAGCUGCCCUUGCCCAGAGGAGGAGGCAGGAAGGCUUCCUCGCCGCCCUGGGAGAUGGCAAAGAACCGGAGGGGAUAUUUUCACGAAUCGUGCACCACUGUUGAUGCUGAGAGACAAGUGUUAAGACAAGAGCUGGUAUUGCAAGGUGCCCUCACUCACAGGCUGCUGCCCAGGCCGUCGCUGCGGGGCACAUCCUCUAAGGAUGGUUCUAGAAGGAGGACGGGUGGCUGCGGGUGUGACACUUGCGCCUUGGUGACCGUUUUUCCCCCUGUAUUAACUGGAACGCCCAGAAUUGGAAGCUGCGGGUGGAAGUUAGCGGUGCUGCGUCGGGCCUGUAGGACUUCCCGUGUUAACGACGGGCGUAACGGGCACACUUUCUGUUAAGGACUUAAUAAAGAUGUUUUUUGGUAGCCACUACAA